AUUACCGUCUCUGUGGUCUAAUCCGUGUAGUACGCUAUCUGUGUUUUUAAAGCUUCUCCCUGUGAUCUCUUCGUGUUCUCUCUUCCCACUUGGCCGACGACGAGAUAAAAGUUCAAGACAGAACCAUUUCUGUGACUGUGAAUGGAAGAAGUUGCUCUGAUUCUCCUUUUCAAGAUAAUCUUAUGAAGAAGGGAUGGUGUUGAGAUGGGAAGGAGUGAUGUGUGGAGGAACAGGAGAUGAAGGAGAGGCAACGUUGGAGUGGUGAAGAAGAUGCAUUGCUACGCGCCUACGUCAGACAGUUCGGUCCUAGAGAAUGGCAUCUCGUCUCCGACCGUAUGAACAAACCUUUGAACCGUGACGCAAAAUCUUGUCUAGAGAGGUGGAAGAACUACCUUAAACCAGGGAUCAAGAAAGGGUCGUUGACCGAGGAAGAGCAGAGGCUUGUGAUCCGUUUGCAGGAGAAACACGGCAACAAGUGGAAGAAGAUCGCCGCCGAGGUUCCAGGGAGGACGGCGAAGCGGUUAGGGAAGUGGUGGGAAGUGUUCAAGGAGAAGCAGCAGAGAGAGGAGAAAGAGAGUAACAAGAGAGUUGAGCCUAUCGACGAGAGCAAGUACGAUAGGAUUCUCGAGAGUUUCGCUGAGAAGCUUGUGAAAGAACGUUCCAACAGCAUUGGCUCUGUUCCUGUUGCUGCUGCUGCGGCUAUGGCUAAUUCGAACGGAGGGUUUCUACAUUCUGAUCAACAGGCACCUCCUUCUAAUCAUGUGAUCCCACCUUGGUUAGCUACUCCUAACAACGGGAACAAUGUUGUUGUGAGACCUCCCUCGGUGACUCUCACUUUGUCACCUUCCUCCGUGGCUGCAGCUGCGCCUCAACCGCCUAUACCAUGGCUGCAGCAGCAGCCUGAGAGGGGAGGUGGAGGAGAGAGUCAUGUGCUAGGGAGUAUGAUACCGUCUUGUGGCGGUAGUAGUAAUGAGAGUGUGUUCAUGUCAGAGCUGAUGGAGUGUUGUAGAGAGUUGGAGGAAGGACACAGAGCUUGGGCAGAGCAUAAGAAGGAAGCCGCUUGGAGGCUAAGGAGGCUGGAGCUGCAGCUAGAGUCAGAGAAGACGUCUAGACAAAGGGAGAAGAUGGAGGAGAUUGAGGCGAAGAUGAAGGCUUUGAGGGAAGAGCAGAAGAUGGCAAUGGAGAAGAUUGAAGGAGAGUAUAGAGAACAGCUUGUCGGUUUGAGGAGAGACGCCGAGGCCAAGGAGCAGAAACUGGCUGAUCAGUGGACCUCUAAGCAUAUCAGACUCACCAAGUUUCUUGAACAGAACAUGGGUUGCAGACAGAGGCUAGACCGGCCCUGAAACCUGAACCAAACCAUGAAAACACCUACUACUAAGAGAUGUCCUCUCCUCUUUGUUGUGUCAUGUAAUGUAAGCUUUUUGCUUUGAGUUUCUUUUUGUUUCAUUUGGUGUCUCCAAUGUUAAUCAGACUUUUUGGUUUCUUAACUCAGCUUUUAUUGUAUCUUUGGUUUAUCUUCUUUAAUCAUUUGGUGUCUCCAAUGUA